AUGGCAAGCAAUGAUGUGAUUUUUAGGGUUCAUUAUGGGGGCCGGUUUGACCGGCGACAUAGGUGCACGUAUGUUGGUGGGAAUAUAGGGUUGUAUGAAGAACCUUAUGACUUGGAUUGUCUAUCAUUUUUUGAGAUCGAAAAUGUAGUUAAAAAAUUUGGAUACCAUCCAGGUGACCUUGUUUACUAUUGUGAGGCCGGUAAAGAAUUAGAAGACGGGUUAGUUUUCUUAACCUCAGAUGAGGAUGUCGUGAAAAUGGCUGAUGUAUUUUUAGGUCAUAAACUUGUUGUGCUAUACAUUGUUGCUUUUUCAAAGUCUGCUAAUGAAUUAGUCCCAAAUGUGAGUGAGGUUGAAGAGGAUGAUGGAGUUGAGGAAAGGAGGAUGAAGGAUGUAAAUGACCCAUACUGGAGGGCAUUGAUGAGUGAUGAUGAGAACGAUGCAUGGGAUGUACCUGACGAAUCAGAAGAUAGUGAUUCUUAUUUUGAUGAGCAGGGUGAUUCUGAGGAGGGUGGUGAUUCCGGUGAGGAGGAGGGUGGUGAUGGUGGCCAUGAAGAGGCAGCCCAACAAGAUAGGACUCAUGUUGGUGGGUUAGAAUAUCCAUCUAAAUUGUUGGAUGAUGAGGAAGAGGAUGAGGUAUCCUCUAAUUUGGCCAGAAGUGAUGUUUUGGUAAGUCCUCCUAAAAGUGAUGAGGAGUUUGAGGAGACUAGUGGGGUUCGGUGUGUUACUAGGGUUUCUCAAUUCGAAUAUGUGGACAUGGAAGACCCGCAUUUGGAUGUGGGCAUGUCAUUUGAGUCAGCAGCUCAAUUUAGGAAAGCUGUGAGGGAAUACAAUUUGUUCAGGGGAAAGGAUGUUCAGUUCACAAAAAAUGAUGGGGACCGGAUCAUUGGAGUCUGUAGGAAUAAUGCCAAGGGUUGUCCUUGGAGAGUUUAUGGUUCAUUGGUACCGGGUGAGAUGACUUUUAUACUUAAGUCACUGAACCCUAACCACCGGUGUACAAGAUGUUACAAGUCCUCAAUUGUAACUUCUAGGUGGAUUGCGGACAAGAUGUUCCACAAAUUCAAGAUACAGCCAAACUAUCCACUUACAGCUCUCCAUGACGAUGUAAAAAGGAAAUGGAAUGUUGAUGUCAGUUUUAGGCAACUGUACAGUGCUAAGGUGAAAGCCAAAGAAUUUAUAGAAGGUAAGCACAAAGAGCAGUACAAGCGGCUAUGGGAUUAUUGUGCAACGGUUAGGCAAACAAAUAGAGGGAGUACAAUGUUGAUGAAAGUUGAACGACCUACUUUAGAUGUCCCACCUACUUUUCUACGGUUGUAUAUGUCUUUGGCAGCAUGCAAAUACGGUUUCAGACAGGCUUGUAGGCCUAUGAUAGGUGUGGAUGGAUGCUUUCUCAAGGGACGCUAUGGGGGGCAACUGUUGGCUGCUGUUGGGAGAGAUCCCAAUGACAACAUUUAUCCCAUUGCCAUGGCUGUGGUUGAAGCUGAAAAUAAGGACAGUUGGAGUUGGUUUCUAGAGACAUUGGUGGCUGACCUUGGUCCAAAUGGAAGUAAUGGGUGGACAUUCAUCUCUGAUAGGCAAAAGGGUUUGAUUCCUAGUUUCGAGGAUGUGCUACCAACCGCCCCGCAUCGCAUAUGUCUGAGACAUUUAUAUGCGAACUUUAGGGGUGAUGGGCAUAAAGGAUUGGUUUUGAAGGAUAAGUUGUGGAAGGCAGCUUCCGCCUAUAAUAUUCAUGGAUUUGACCGGGAAAUGGCUGCAAUGAAGAGGAUGAGUCCAGGCGCACAUGCUUACUUGGAGAAGAUUGACCCACAUACCUGGGCUAGGGCUUAUUUCGACGUAGGCCCGAAGUGCGAUUUGGUAAUGAACAACCUCUGUGAGUGCUUCAAUUCGUAUAUUAUCAAAGCACGGGACAAGCCAAUCCUUACCAUGCUAGAGAUGAUCAGGAAGAAGUUGAUGAGGCGGUACCAGAAGAAAAGGCAGGGAAUUAGGGAGUAUGUUGGGGAAUGA